ACGAUCCCUCGCCAAGUUGUUGAAGUCUGUACAAGAUGUGGACGACUUUGCGUGUGUUCGGGAGUGUACUCGCGCCGGGGGGUCGUGCACAUUGUGAAUUUCUACAAAGACAAGGACUAUGAUGGCAAGCACCUUUGCGAGUUACUCACGGACGACAAGAAACAAUGUAAAGGUGAUACCAACCUGGUAAAAGAUGAUGAAGUCCACUUUAUCGGAGUCAAACAACAACCGCCCUUGCUUCCGUCUUGUUCUGAGAUCCAAUCAGAACACUUUGCUCACACCAGUGGCAUAUUCCCCAUCGCCCUUACUCCCUGUCACCCCCUCGACGUCUACUGCGACCUGGGCACUAGCGGAGGAGGCUGGACUGUCAUUCAGAGGCGCGUGGACGGCUUGGUGGAUUUCUACCGAGACUGGGACGAGUACAAGCGGGGGUUUGGUGACAAGGAGGGAGAGUUCUGGUUGGGGCUGGAUAAUAUCCACGCUAUGACGUCACAGAGGCGGUACCAUGUGCGCUUUGACUUGGAGGACUUCGGGGGGAACACCCGCUACGCCGAGUACGAUGACUUUAGAGUUGGUGAUGAGGCGGCGAAGUACCAACCUGUUUCAGUUGGUACAUACUCAGGUACAGCUGGUGAUAGUCUCUUAAUUCAUAAAGGUCAAUAUUUCUCGACUCGAGAUCGCGAUAAUGACGUGAACAGUGAUGAAUCUUGCGCAGUAAAGUAUGAAGGUGCAUGGUGGUUCGGAAUAUGCUUUGAAAGCCAUCUGAACGGCCGUUACCACGUGACCCCAUCUAACGAUUAUGAACAUGGAAUCAUAUGGUUCCGCUGGCUUGGUUAUGGAUACUCACUCAAGAAAUCAGAAAUCAAAGUGCGGCCUUAUUAGGAACUGACCAUUUGAUAUCUGAUGGGGAGGUAAUUUUUUUUUUUCUUUUUCUUUCUUUUUUAUUAUUUAUUUCGUAACCCGAGUGUCAGGCCUUCAUUUUGUUCUAUAUGAAGUAUCUCCCUCCAAUUUUAGAAAAAUAAAAUCGCCUGAUACUC